ACCCAAGCAGUACAGUGCAUUUAACGUCGUGAUAUCGUUUAGAACAUCAUGAAUUUAGACGGCAAAGUUGUACUUGUGACUGGAGCGAGUUCAGGCAUUGGAGCCUCAGCAGCUGAAGCCUUUGCCAAAUAUGGUUCCAAAGUGGUGCUCGUCGGACGAAAUGUAGCUAAUUUGAAAGCUACAGAGGCUGCCUGUAAAGCAGCCAACGGUAAAGCCGAACUACUCCCCAUCACAGCUGAUGUCACAGUGGAUGCGGAACGCAUUAUUAAUUCAACAAUUGAAAGAUUCGGACAGCUGGAUGUGCUGGUCAAUAAUGCGGGAAUUUUGGAGACUGGAAAUUUAUUGGAUAUAAAUGUCGAACAAUUUGAUCGAGUUUUAAAUACAAACUUGCGUUCGGUCUUCCUUAUAACUAAAUACGCCGCACCACAUUUAAUCAAAACCCAGGGUAAUAUCGUGAAUGUCUCCAGUUUAGCAGGACUACGUUCAUUCCCUGGUGGUUCUGUCUAUUGUAUGUCCAAAGGUGCACUUGAUCAAUUCACCAGAUGUAUAGCUUUGGAGUGGGCUUCGAAAGGUGUGCGUGUAAAUUCUGUUAAUCCAGGAUCCAUUAUUACCAAUAUUCAUCGGAAUUUUACGCCUGAAGAACGUAUCGCACAUUACAAACAUUCUAAGACAACAUAUCCAAUGGAACGUGUCGGUGAGCCGAAGGAAGUUGUCGAUGCUAUAAUUUUCUUCGCUAGCGAUCAAUCGAGUUUUAUAACGGGAGCGACUCUACCCAUUGACGGUGGCAAACAUGCUUUGUGUCCGCGUUAAGUGCUGUUUGAAUUAUCGUUCUAAAUAAAUCUAAAAUCAAUUAAUAAAUAAUAA